CGGCCACCGCCAAUUCCACCCCGUUUGAGAAAUGAGACAGAUACAGGUACCGUCCGUGACUGGUCCGUGGCUGACAUGCGUGUACCGGCAGGACCCGACCCACCUGGCUACACCCACACACACGCCGGCUUGCCCCGGAGCGGAUCACCCGGACGGGCAUGCUGGCUUCAGGGGCCUUUGCUACGCUGUCGGUGGGCGUGGUCUCGGAAGAUGCACCACAAGGAUUUGUGGAUGAUGAUAGCAUGGCCCCGCCCCCAAAGCAGGCUGCAUUAAUCACAGUGACUGCCCACGAGGCAGCGCCGGCAGCAACACGCCACGCACAGUUGUUGGCAUCACUCAACCACGAGAACCUGACCCGACUGCUGGGGGUGGUGGUGGGCGGACCCGUGGGCGUGACGCUGGUGCUGGAGUACCAAGCAGAUGCACACCUUCCAGAGUACCUGCACGCCCGCACCCUCGCCCCGGCUGACUAUGCCCACACCGCCAUCACACGCCCAGACGUCCACACACAUUCCACCAUCAGUGUUGGGGGACUGGUGGGCGUGGCAGUGCAGGUGGCAGCAGGGAUGGCCUUCCUCGAGUCUCACCGAGUCUCACACACCGACCUGGCCGCAAGGAACGUGGUAGUGGUGGGCAGCAGCGUGAAGGUGACGCAGGUGGGCUCUGCUCUACCACGCUACUCCAGCGACUACUGGCGGCCUCCUGAUGGUCGGGGUCCUGCACCGCUACGAUGGUGCAGCCCAGAGGCACUCUGUCAGAGCACCUUUAGUUCAGCCAGUGACGUGUGGUCGUUUGGGGUGACACUGUGGGAGAUCCUUACCUUGGCACGCCGUCGACCUCACCACCAUCUGUCUGACGACCUCCUCUUCCACGCCAUCCUUUCCACGCACGCCCACGCACACCCACCCACACCAGCCAACGAUACUUACGCUACUCCGCAGGUUGUAUUGAGCCCGCCGGCGUGGUGCCCCCGGGAGGUGCAGGAGGUGAUGAGUGCCUGCUGGCGCCCUUACCCCUCCCACCGCCCCUCCUUCACCAACAUCCAUGCCAAGCUGGCUGCGUACUCCCGCACCCACGACUAGCGUUAAGGCCUGCACGCCUCCCCUAGCCUGCAGACAGGCAUGGCGGGAAGUAUCAAACAUAAGGGACAGGGAAUAACGUGCCAAAUAUACAUAUCGGGCAUCAAGAGCGUGCCAGUUAGAUAUAUAUGAGAUGAGCAACAACGUGCCAACUAGGGUUAAGUUAGUUUUUAACAGUAGGCUGCUUCCUAAUGGGAAGCAAAUUAAUUUUAUCUUGGCAACAAAAAGACCUGAGUGAAGCACCCCACCUAAGGUCUGUUCAUCAGCCAAACUUUUUAACUUCAUUACAUAGAAAAAGGGUAAAAAAAAUAAUAAUAAAUGCGAUAAGAAACUUUUCUUUCUUUUUUUGUUUUUCAGCGGUGACUCAACAUUUUGUUUCCCCGCACCAGAAUUAUUUAACCUAGCCUAUUUUUCUCCCCUCUCUCUCUUUGCGUGCAGAGUUUUGUACAUAUUUUAAAAUCAAGUCCCUGAAUGAUGAUAAUGCAAACCAACCAGUGCAUACACACAAACGAUGGCCAGAAAACCACCUUGCCUGCUGGUGGUCUCUCAGUUAGUGGCUUACCUCAACCCUCACCACGGAGGUCCUGUCAGUUGAGGAACAGAUACUGGUUGUGUCAGGUAGGGCCCCCUCAGUUCACUGCAGUGUUGCCAAUUACUAUUCCUAGUAUUUACUCUUAGUUGGCGCUCUGAUUUCUAUAUGGUACUGUCAAUUCAGCCCUACUAGUCUUCUGUUGUCACUUAAGGCUUCAUUUAGUGUUAACAAACAGGAUCGCUACCAGUUAAGACCUGGACUUUAUUGCUAUUACAGUAUAUAGAACACUUCCCUUCUGCUGUCUGCCAGUAGGGGGCUCCAAUUCAAAUGCUGUCAAGCAAGAUCUCUACUUAACUACUGUCAAGUUUGGUCCUAACUUUAGCACUGUUAGUUGUGGUUUUAGCUAAACCACUGUCAAAUAGAGCCUAAGUCUCGGUCUAUCAUUUGUUGACCAACGAAAUGGGUCACCCAUUGGAAAGCUGUAAAGUUCAACUCCAGCUAUAACCUUAUAAAUCUCAACUUUGAUGUGUCACUUGUGAUACUAACUUACAUUUUGUCUACCAGGGCAUAAUUACCGGUCCUGACAUUCAGCAUUGCAGGAGUGUGGCCCUUAAUCAGGUGCCAACAUCUGUUGCCCAACUAGUGUUGUCAACUGAGGGACAUUUGCAAAGCUCACAACUGAAAUACUAACUAAAACUGUCGGUUGGCAUCUGAUUCUGUUCACUUCAUUUAAACCUUGAUGUACGGCCCUCAGCUGGAGGUUCCGAGUAUAAUGCACAUUAUCUGGGAUACCCUUCGGCGAGGUCACAAGUAUAAUAGUGCCAGCAGAUGGACUGUGAGUUGAAUAUUAUCUGUGGGAUUCUUCAUGUAACAUUUUAUGAAGCAGACCGCAUUUACGAAGAGCUCUACAUUGGUUGCCAUUUGUGGUUCAGUUUUGUAAAUGUAAAAGACUGAAAGAUGCAAUAACAGUAUCAAUUCAGACUAAUUGCACAAUCAACAGAGGCCAUAAGCAUAAUAUCAGCUGAGGGACCUUCAGUUUACUAUUAAAAGAGGGACUCGUGCAUACUAUCUUUCGUGGGACAUGAAAUAUAUUAUUGAUUGAGAGAUCGUACAUUAAAGGGAAAGACUUAAGGGUACUGUCAGGCAUGGAAGCCCGAAAACCUCAAAUCUACGAUCACCCUUAGAGACCUUCUUCAGUUUAAUAUCAGUUCAGGAACCUAAUUUAUUUCCUCCAUUUGAACACCCUAUUAUAAUGAGACUUCUUUAGAACUAAGCUACUACUAACAAUUUCUUCGGUACCUGGACCAUAGAUAUUAAGGGCAGACUAGUUUAUAAUUUCCACGAGUUGUCAAUUCUUCAUAGACAGUUAAUGCAUUCCACUAAGCUGUUUUGAGUUGGUAGCUGAAGUUUAAUGUGAGAAUGUUGGCAGGAGGAGCGCUUCGCUGCCUCCUAGCCAGCUAACACCUCAAUUGGGAUUGAUCAGAGAAAAACCAACGUAGCUAAGUGUGUUAAUGUUUUAGAAAUUACUGUAAUUUAGAAAUGUGCUUUUUUGACAUAACAUCUCCUUCAUAUAUUUUGGAUGUUUAAGUACGUUACAUGUUUCUAGUCAAAUGUUCAAGUCUGGUUUCUUGACAAGGCAAGCAGUAUUUUUCUGAUUACUCGUGUCAUGUACUGAUUUGUAUGUUCAUAAGUUGUUUUGUAUAUGACGAGUCUUCCGUGUUUAGGCUACUUAAGUAUUCAUAGUUUUAGCCUCAUGUUUCAAGGUUAUUAUAUAGUGCAGGAUUAGUGUGUUAAUGUGGACACCUUCCUCAUUGGUACCCUUGUUGCUGGUGGUCACUUGUAGUAUUAGCUUGUAAGUUGUAAUGAAGUAGAGGUAAUCACCAGGUUGUGUACUUGCUAGGGUUCACCUCUGUUAUGCACACGUCAUGACAGUUGGUUCAGUACAAGAACAAGGAUGUAGUGGUGGUGGGCUGGUGUGCCAUCUUACAGUGCAUGAGCAGGGAAAUAGUGGUAGGAUGGCUUACCGUUUCAUCCUGCAGCACAAGAACAUGGAUGGUGUGGUGUGUCAUCCUACUGUAUAGCAAGAAGGAUUUAGUGAUGGUGGUGGGUGUUGUCAUCCUACAGUACAAGAAAAAUUAUGUGGUGAUGGUAAUGGGUGUUGUAUCAUCCUACAGUACAAGAAAAAGGAUAUAGUGAUGGUGAUGGGUAUUGUAUCCUCCUAAAGAUCAGGAACAAUUAUUCAGUGGUAGUAUGGUGUAGUGUAACAUCCUGCAGUACAAAAGCAGAGAUAUAGUAGUGAUGGAUGGUGUGCUGUGGUAUAGUACAUGAACACUAAAAGUAACGCGACUCACUGCAUGUGGCGCAGAAAUAAUGACAGUUGUUACCCACACAUCUGUACACCACCAGAUUACUUGGUGAUGACCUAAAUGGCUUAAAUGGUGAUAUUGAAGGUCUGCCUGCAUGGGUCACCUGUAGGAAACUCAAAGGACCUACAUAUAGCACCCACCCACCCUUCUUACCCUCCCACCUGUGAACCUCGCUCUACUUUUAAAUGAACAUCGAAAUCA